AUGGGGGCUCCUGUGUUUAUGAGAAACCCAUCCAGAAGCAGAGAUGCCGCUGCAAUGCACUCGGGUAGCACCUACACAGUGAUCCAAUUAUGCCAUGCUUUCCAAGCAGCAGAUCUGUCAGGUGUCUGUCCUUCUGGCAGCACAGAUCCUGCAGCGGUGACCACGGGAGCAGAACAGCCAGACCCAGCUGGUACAUUUAAUGCUGAAGAUUUCAAUGCCUUGAAUAGGGGCAUUGCUGCUGUCAAGGAAGAUGCUGUGGAAAUGUUGGCCAGCUAUGGGCUGGCAUACUCCCUGAUGAAGUUCUUCACGGGUCCGAUGAGUGACUUCAAAAAUGUAGGUCUGGUGUUUGUGAACAGCAAGAGAGACAGGACCAAAGCAGUUUUGUGCAUGGUUGUGGCUGGCGCUGUAGCUGCUGUAUUUCAUACUUUAAUAGCAUAUAGUGAUUUGGGGUAUUACAUUAUUAAUAAGCUGCACCAUGUGGAUGAAUCAGUGGGAAGUAAAACUCGGAGGGCCUUCCUUUAUCUUGCUGCCUUCCCUUUUAUGGAUGCCAUGGCAUGGACCCAUGCUGGGAUUCUGCUAAAACACAAGUACAGUUUCCUAGUGGGAUGUGCCUCCAUCUCAGAUGUCAUAGCUCAGGUUGUUUUUGUAGCCAUUUUGCUUCACAGUCACUUGGAGUGCAGGGAGCCUCUCUUGAUCCCAAUCUUGUCCUUAUACAUGGGAGCGCUUGUCCGAUGUACCACGCUCUGCCUCGGAUACUACAGGAACAUACAUGAUGUUAUUCCUGACAGAAGUGGGCCUGAAAUGGGGGGAGAAGCUACAAUAAGGAAGAUGCUGAGUUUCUGGUGGCCUUUGGCAUUAAUUUUGGCAACUCAGCGAAUAAGUAGGCCCAUUGUCAACCUCUUUGUCUCCCGGGACCUAGGUGGCAGUUCUGCAGCCACAGAGGCAGUGGCAAUUUUGACAGCUACAUAUCCUGUGGGACACAUGCCUUAUGGCUGGCUGACAGAGAUCAGAGCUGUAUACCCUGCUUUUGACAAGAAUAACCCCAGCAAUAAACUGGUGAACACCAACAGCACCGUCACAGCGACACACAUCAAGAAGUUCACUUUUGUUUGCAUGGCAUUGUCCUUAACGCUCUGUUUUGUGAUGUUUUGGACGCCAAAUGUGUCAGAGAAGAUUUUAGUUGACAUAAUUGGAGUAGACUUCGCUUUUGCAGAGCUGUGUGUCGUUCCUUUGCGCAUCUUCUCCUUUUUUCCACUUCCAGUGACUGUCAGAGCACACUUGACUGGUUGGCUGAUGACUCUGAAGAAGACAUUUGUGUUGGCACCCAGCUCAGUGCUGCGGAUUAUUGUCCUCAUCACCAGUCUCAUCGUGCUGCCUUACCUAGGAGUUCAUGGAGCCACUCUUGGAGUAGGAUCCCUUCUCGCUGGUUUUGUAGGAGAAUCCACCAUGGUUGCAAUAGCAGCUUGUUACGUCUAUAGGAAACAGAAAAAGAAGAGGAAUGAGAAUGAGACAGCUGCAGAAGGUGAAGACUCUGCAAUGACCGACAUGCCUCACACGGAGGAGAUGACAGACAUCGUAGAAAUGAGAGAAGAGAAUGAAUAAUAAAUGGGAUGCAAUUGUUCUCUGCAGGGACGAUUGGAGUGACGCUUCAGCAUCUUGUCGUCUCUCAUACUUUUUUGUUUGUUCGUUUUUAUUUUUGUAAUAAAGAGGC